AGGCAGCAUCGGCGCAUCCUGGCGUGCCUGACUACGUACGAACGCGGCUGCACGUUGUUGGGGCACGAAGGAGCCAAGGAACAUAACCGCACGUGAGGCACGCGACUGUAGGAUACCUUCGACUUUGUUUGCACGAGACGCGUAGAACGCAGUGGAGUCGCACUCGGUGACCAUGGCCAAGCAUUUCGUGACGUUACUGUGGGUGUCGGCGGUAUUGACCGCGACCCUGGCAUUGCCGACCAGCGAGAAGGUCAGCGGAAGUGAGAACGAUCUGAUGACGAGCAUAUACGCCGACUGCCUGAAAAAGGAGUCCAUCAACUGCAUCAAGUACAAAGUAUUUACCUUUGUCGACAAGAUGCUGGCCGACAAGGAGGAUAUCACGCUGUCCGAGGGCAUCACCGUUGUUAAGACGUCCAGCGUCGAGGGCGAGGGUGCGCCUAGAUCUAUCGAAUCCAGCGAUUUCGAUACGCUCUUAUUCGAUCGUCUUGGAAGGUUCCUAAGGACGCAUUCCGUCAAAGUUGACCUCAAGGGCAGCGACAUUUUAGGAGUGAUCGAGUCUGCUGGGCGCAGUUUCGAAGACUUUAGCGAUAACGCUGUUGAAAGCCGUGGAAAAAAGAAAAAGGCGCAGAAGAUCUUAGGACCUCUGAUGCUCGCCAUAGCCUUGAAAGCGGCCGCUUUAUUGCCGCUGGCCCUCGGUGCGAUUGCCCUGAUAGCUGGUAAGGCCCUGCUCAUUGGCAAGAUCGCCCUCGUGAUCUCGGCCAUCAUCGGAUUGAAGAAGCUCCUCGGCUCUCACCAAAAGCACGUGACCUACGAGGUAGUUUCGCAUCCGCAUCACAGCAGCAGUCACGUUGUCAGCCACGACGAUGGCGGCCACGGCGGUGGUUACGGCGGUGGCGACUACGGUGGUGGAUACGGUAGCAGCGGACACGGAUGGGCCAGGAGUUUACCACAGGACGCCCAUGAAAUCGCUUAUCGCGCCCACCAACCCCAGGCAUAAGCUUGAUCGAUACCAUAGAAAGUUUCUCUAUCUCGUUUCUUGCAUUUCUCUCUAACGAUUCGAUGUUCCCUUUCGUUCCACUUGCGUUCGCUUCACUCUCUUUUUCUCACUCAUACAUUUUCUUCAUUAUCUCCUUCCUCUCUUACUUACGCUACCGUCAUGUACAGAAAUAUCUAGUCUAUCUUAGAUUCGAAGAAAAAUUUCCGAUACCCGCUUCCAGCUUUCUCGCGAUACCUGCUAUUUUGAUUGUAAAAUUAUUGAGCUUGAAAUCUCUCUGAAUCUCUUUCUAUUCUUCUUUUUUUUACGUUUUUAUAAUCUUCUACAUUUUGAUUCUCUUCCUUUUCUUCCUAUUUGCUUUAUUUGUUCACAACGGUCGAUUUAUUCUGCGGCCAGUCACCAGUACCUCUGGAAAAUGCUCAUUGUUUUAUGUAUGUAUAUUAACGCGAACUCGUUAUUUAUUCGUUAUAUUUUAUAUUAAUAUUUAUUUCAUGUUCGAUUGUGUGCCUUUAUUAUGACAUUUCCUGUUUUCUUUUAUAAUAAAAAGACGACAAAUAGAA